AUGGCGCGUCUCAAUACCCACCUGUCUGCUACGCCACAAACACGCGCUUCCACCGUCGACUCCCUUUAUCGCGACCCCUCGGUUGGACCGCAAAAUGGCGACAAUGAACGCACAUCGUCCUACUCAGUCCUGAGCCCUUCACGCUCUUCAGACAAGGAGAACGAGACUCCUGGAAUGCGCGAAAAAACACCACGAGGUAAAUCGGGGGGGUUGCGGGGCGCGUCGGCACGUAUGCCUACGCCGGAUUCGGGAUCGACAUCUGGCAAUGGCAGUAAGAGGAGGAGGACCGACAACUACAGCCUGCCGCAGUCUCAGGUCUACGAGGAUGGCCAAGAUGAAGAGGAGCAGGAGGAAGAAGGUGAUGACUUGGAAGCUGUUGAUACUCCUACACAAACACAGCCUGAUAACGACGACGAGGAACAUUCGCGGUUCUACGACCCUCACCAGGACCCAGAAGUGCGGCGAAGGUUGCGCGCCAAUAUGCGCGAUCACGCUCGCUUGCUAGAGGACAACCGCAACGACCUUAUUCAGUCGCGAAAUAGCGGCCUGCUUGACAUUCUUAAGACACAGAACAGCUUGUUUGGCAAAGUACGACAGACCGCCGAUGCAACCGUCGACUCUCGCUUCCUGGUCAAUGCCAGCGACUUGGCGGGAAAGAAGCUUAACAAUAGCUUGGGUAAUUCUGCUACCGGCAUUGACUUGGAUCAAUUCGUAUCCAAAUGCAUAUACUUUAUGAAGUCAGGGGGGUACGUUGCUGGCGAAGAGAAUGCGCCAGUGAUACCUAAUAUGGAUCGCGUCGAGGAGGAGCUCGGAGCCAUCCCAGAUGACGAACUCACCGACGAAGACCAAUCCGCUGCUUUGCGGCGCCACAGGAUGGCCAUGACAGAGCAAGGUGAACCUGCUGUCAGUCUGCUUGACUUUGCCAUUAACCCCAAAGAAUUCGGACAAACGGUGGAGAAUCUCUUUUACAUCAGUUUCCUGGUGAGAGAAGGCAAUGCCAAGAUUGUCAAAGAUGAAGCUGGUCUUCCGCUACUACUUCCAGCGCAACCCCGCGGCGUAUCCGAACAACGUGAGGACAAUGUUCAGAAACACCAGGCCGUCUUCAGUCUCGAUUAUCCGUCUUGGCAAAUGUUCAUCCAAGCUUUCGACAUUAGAGUCCCGCUCAUACCACACCGUGAGAGCGAACAGACAAGUGUCGGCUCAAACGGAUGGUACAAUGGAUGA